AUGAUACAAGCAAACCAAGCGAUAAACCAAGAAAUCUCAGGCUACAACAAAUAUAGCGUCCUAAUUAUAUAUAUUAUCUACUCAAUUGCAAAAAUUACUACUAUUCUUCAAAUGCAGGGCAGCUAUAGCUCUAGAUGCGUGCUUGACCUAAGUGCAUACUUAGUUUUAUAUACUACAACUGAAAUUUUUGAUACAUUCUUAUUUUGCAUGCUCUUAGUACUGAAAUUCUUUCGCUUAGAGCAACCACCAAAAAUUUUCGUAUUAUCAAUUCAACUAGGAAUGGAAACUUUCCGAAUUGUUAUUUUACUAGUAGCAUCAGUUGUUCUCAUAGAAGAAAUAGAUUGCCUUCAAACCCCAGUAGAAAUCCUUGGGAUAGUUUUAGUUCUUAGCGAAAUUUUGAAAAUUUUAUUUCUUAUUAAGCCCUGCCGAAACUUUUGGAAGGAAAUUAUGUCCGUGACUUCUUAUGAAUAUUUCGAUGAAAUAGCAAAACAUCCUCAUGUAAAUUUGGAGCCAUAUCUUAAGUCAAAUGUUAACGAUAAGUUUUGUGCAAUUUGUUUAGAUGAUACAAAGACAGAAGAGAAAAGAGUGGUUUUGGCAUGCAAUCACAGCUUUCAUUUCGUUUGUAUAAAUACCUGGACGACUUAUAAAAGCAGUUGCCCAGUUUGUAGAGCUUCAAUAAUCUAA